GCUCCAUCAUCGACAUAGUCGUCGCUUCUACCACCACCAUCAACAACUCUCGGCUCACCGAACCCCCCACUCCCUGCUGUACACCCGGACCACCCGCCGACCACCCGCCGAUUAUUCGCUUACCUCGCCGAGCGUCACCGCCGGCCGGUCAUCACACCCAUUUCUUGACACCACCACCAGCAGACAACAUCUGCAUCUUGACACUGUCCACUCUGUCUCUGUCUCUGUCUCUGCCUCGACGAACGACCACGCCAUCGACAGACAGCGACACCGCACCCCCUUCCCCACAAUGACAAUGUCCCCGCCCAACGCCGACCCGUACAAGCGCCGCACGUCCAAGGCGUGCGAGCACUGCCGCGCAAAGCGCACGCGGUGUACCGGCUCGUCGCCUUGCGAUGCGUGUAUUGCUCUUGGACUCGGAGAUGUUUGCUACGUGCGCGACAAGGCGCGUCCUAGACGCGCGCCGGCCGCUUCGAAGCGGCGCAAAAAGACGUCCUCGCCCGACUCGGCGAGCACGCAUACUCCCCCGCGGUACGGCGAAGCGCACGCGCAUUUCGUGCGCGACGUCGAGAUGGCCAUUGACUCUUGGCUCGAGAGUGCUGGCCACACCGCACGCCUCUCCCUCCCCGGCCCCUCGCGACUCGCCACGCUCUCCGGCACGCCCCUCCCCUCCGAUGGCAACGAGCUCGCCGACCUCGAGGACCGCCUGCUCAUGGCGUACCGUGCGGUGCAGCACUUCGAGUUCCUGCCACCAGGCCGCGUAGGCGACCUUUACGCGCGCCACAGGACGCUGCCCGAGUCGCUCCUCCCCGACCAGCGAGCGCUCGUCGCCGCCGUCCUCUGCCUCGGUCGCUUGAGCGAGCUCGCCUUCGAGCCCGUACCACUCACGCAGGCUGAGGGGCCUGGUUCAGCAGCCGGCCACCGCAUGCGUCCUUGUCCUCCUGACGAGGCGCGCGAAGACAUCACCUACUUCCGCCUCGCCCUCGCUCACCUCGACCACUGGGGUGCGGCGAGCUGCACGGCCCUAUGUGCACUCCACUGUCUCCAGCUUUACGCUCAGAUCCUCGGUGGACCGGAAGACACGCGCGAGAUCCUCAGCGCAAUGGCCUGGCACGCGCGCGAGCUGGGCAUCCACCGCCGCGAGACUGCCGCAGCAUACCCUGCUCUUGACCGUGUCGGCCAGCUCUUCUUCUCAACCCUCUACAAGGACACGUGGUUCUCUACCCUCGUCGACGCCGUGCCGUUCACCCGCUGGGGCGAGUACGACAACGAACACUCUGGCUCGCCUGAACCCAACCGACCAGGCAUCCUUUCGCGCCUCGCCGUGCUCGAAAGCGAGCUGUUGACCCAGAUCCACUCGGGGCGCGUCGACACGUCGUCGCCAGAGUUUGUGCUCGCGACAGAGAGCCGUUGGUGGCCACUUAUGCGCGAGUGUGGCGACGAGCGCGACGACGGAAUGCUGGCCCUCAUCCACCCUUACGCCGACAUUCGCUUCAACUGGAUUCGACUGCUUCUCCGUGCUCCCUGCCUGUCGCACCCGACCCUCGGUGCUUCCUCGACUCCGAUCGUGGCCCGCUCCCUCUCUCGGAUCCUGCACACAUACGCUUCGUUGGCCGCGACAAACCUGUUUCACCCCUGCUGGGCACAGCUGCGGCGCAUCGUGACCUGCGGCCAGCUUCUCGUCCUGUGCACGACUGCACGCGAGCUUGGCCGCUCCGAGGCUGAGGAGCUCUUUGCCGUCUUCUUGGCUCUCCUCAAGGAACACAUUGGCAAGUUUGACUUCAUCCCCGAGUAUAUUGCGGCUUUCGAGUCUGUCGGUGCCUUUGUUGGUCUCUCCGUCCCCGUCGCUCCGCAGCCCGCACCCCGGGUAACGCUCCCCGAACUGCCGUUCAUGUUCGACUACUCUCUCCCAACGUGGUUUGACUCGGUGUACGAGCCGCACCUUCUCCAGGCGGAUGUUUAGGAAACCGAUCAACACCCCGGUUGGCCGUCGCGGAGGACCCGACCGCCUCCGACACCGACGUCGCUUGCCGUACUUGUUGGCCGCGGCGCGUCGCUCACUCCGAACUGCCGGGCGGCUGAGACCUCUCGUCACUCCAAUAUCCGACACUUAUCCUGCGCCAGCCCACAUCGAUAGCCCACGCCAGCGGCUCGACGCGGCCCCAGCCGCUCAGGUUAUCUCGCCCAGCCAGCCAAUUGCGCGGCUGCGUGAGCACAACAAGCAGAGCAGAGCAAGCCAACACCACCCCACCUCUCCCGUUUAUUUCGCCUCAAUCGCUGUAGUACCCUGCCCCCACCGUACAUGUAGUGGUAGUCGAACGACCCAAUGAUCUGUAUUCUAGCGUGUUGAAAUGAAUGACCA